AUGUCUCUCCGAUCCCAAACCCCAAAAACCGUUUCGGUCUCAUUGCGAGGGGCUUCGGCUGCUCAAACCAACAAAAACGACACUCACAACAACCAAAACGACACCCCCAUCCCCACCCUCGUGUCCGAGUUGCGAGCCACCAUCACUCGCGAUUUUGACCGAGUCGAACGCGCCUUGCUCGAAAGGGAAUCACGUCUCAUCGUGGCGAUUCAACAGAAGGAAAAGGAAAUCGCGUCCCUCAAAGUGAAAGACUGUAUCCAAAGCUUGGAUAAGUUGAACCCCGAAUCACAUCUCAGGGAGUUCAGAAAUGGAGGAGCAAAUGUUAAGAAAGAGGAGAAUGUCGGUUCUGAUUCGAGCGUUGCUGGAAAGUGCAUGCAUUGUUUGGAGAUGAAGGACGAAUUGGAGAAAGAAAAGGAUGUGAGUGAGUCUCUUAGGGAUAGGAACAUGCAGUUGGAGUUUGAAAAGUCUGAGCUCUUAGAAGAGAAGAAGAAAUGGGAUGAUCAGAGAGGUUUUGUUGAGGAUCUUAUGAAGAGGAUCAUUGAAUUGGAAGCUGAGAAGUGCGGAUUAUUGGAAGAGAAAAAGAAAUGGGAUGCUGACAAGAGUGGGAUUGAUGGAUUGAGGAAGGAGGAGAGCCAUGGCGCCCAUGAGGCGUAUAGGAAGAGGAAGUUCAUUGAAUUGUGUGAGAGGGUUUCAAGGUUGAAGAGAGAGACUGCUGAGGAUGAUAAGUUGAUAUCUUUGGAUGACAAUGGAGAUGCUGAUGACGGUGAUGGGAGCAACACUGAAGAGAAUAAAACGGUUCAGAUUGAUGAUAGUGUUGAGAAAGAUUCUGUGGAAAGGAAUGAAAAUGUUGGUCAUUCUUCAAGAGAUUCAACUAUACUGAUCAUACCAAGCAAAGAUGGUCUUGGUGUAACUGCUGCUUCAGAGAUAGAACCCGAUUUGCGAAGAGAUUACGAAGACACCUUGUACAGACUAGACAAGGUAGAGCACAUUGCAGGAAGGCUUGAGCAAUUGCCUGCCAGAGUCUUACGGACGCGACGACGCAUACCCACGCGGCCGAGCGAGCUAGUCAGGCCGCUCCUUAGACGAGCAGGUUUUGAACAUGUGGCUUUUAUUCUUCAGUUCGAGCAUGAUUAUGCGUUGGUCUCUGCAUUAGUUGAGAGGUGGCGACCUGAGACACACACCUUUCAUUUGCCGUGUGGGGAGAUGAGUAUCACUCUUCAAGACGUGGCUUAUCAGUUGGGGCUUCGGAUUAGUGGAGAUCCUGUUAGUGGUUGCAUGGCAGGCUGGGAGCUUUUUUAUGAAGGACGGAGCAUUGUUGACAUAUGUCAGCAGUUACUAGGAGCUGUACCAGGACCUGCUGAUAGACAGAAAUGGAACAUCAACUUGUCCUGGUUCAGAGAGACUGUGUGCGGGAAUUUGGAAGAGGACGCAACGCCUGAACGACUUCUUCAGUACACCAGAGGGUAUAUUAUGCAACUUAUCGGGGGAUUCUUAUUUCCGGAUCAGUCCAACACCCGAGUUCACCUCAGGUGGCUGCCUCUUUUGGAAGACUUGGAUCAAUGUGGUCAGCUGAGUUGGGGUUCUGCUGUGCUUGCCUUUUUGUACCGCAUGUUGUGCCGGGGAACAUGUUACACGCAGCAUAACAUGGGUGGUUGCAUGAGCUUGUUGUUAUCGUGGGCUUACCAUCGUAUCCCCUCAUGUCGCCCACAAGGAUUUGACCAGCGGAGGUUUCCAUUGGUUGAGAGGUGGGUUGGUUAUGAGCAGCGCAAUGACUCUGAAGAGUUUAGACUUCGGUGGUGGAGACGGCUUCUCAACAACCUUGAUAUUCAUAAUGUUGAGUGGAUCCCGUAUGCUGACCCAGAUAUCCAGCAUAUUCUGCCACCGAUUGUGUUUGAGGGUGAGGAGUCAUGGAAUGCCGUCUGUCCACUGUUGUGCUUUUCGAUUGUAGAGUGGCAUCAAGUGGAUCGUGUUGUGAGGCAACUGAGUGGUUUGCAGCACAUUCCUACACGUCCACUGAACAUUGAUGAGAUGCACGUGCACAAUGGACGAUUUGGUAGGAACGAGUGGUACCCUGACUACUUGAGUGGUUGGUACGACAUGUGGCGGGACAGGGGGCUCAGUCGGGUGCGUAUUUAUCACAGCAUUGAUCUGCGUCCCUCGCAGAAGUACAUACAAUGGUACCUUGGGUGGGCACAUCUAGUCUUGGUUGGGCACGGUGACCAGCAGGAUCCUAUAGCUGGACACAUACCACCUGAUCUGUCAGAUUACACGCCCCACGCUCCUGAGAUUCGACAACCAAAGGAUGGGGAUUUACCAGAGUUGCAUCCUGGAGGAGGGCGACAGCUUAGGAGAGUCAGACGCAAUGCUAAGCACAGACACGAGGCUCACCUGAGAGAAUAGGAGCCUAGAGAUGAUGAUAUCGGGGUUUUGCGAUUCACAAGUGCUAUCCCUGAGGAUUACCUUACUCUUGAACCACUAUGUCCAACACUGUCUUUACAGGCCGUCGUAGAUGGACUCGCCAAUCCAAGUCAUCAGAUGAUCCACCUAUAUAGCAGUCAUGCUUGAGACAGCCUACUCAUGAUUAGCCUGAUCCAUCCUAUUGUUGUGUGCCUCAAUUCUAGUCACUGGAUCUAGUAUCGGCAUUUGUGAAUCAAGGAUUUGGUAUUCAACCGGGACCUAUGAUGGAUCAGUUUUAGAUUAUGGUCGGAUCGUCGUUUUCAGGUGCAGCAGGACCAUCGCUUCCACAGGUAGAGCAUACCGCGUUGUAACGUCUGGGGGUAGCCCGGCGUAUUAUGUUCAGGAAUGUGCACUGAUGCAUGCCUCUCCCCCACCCUCAAUUUAUGCCUCACGACAUGUGAAUGAUCCUCGUCCUGAGAUACCUCCUCACUUGUGGGUCUUACGGAUUUCAUGAUACCAUAUUUUAAAGACUCUAGUGUUGAUGCACCACGCGGCAGAGGGCAGAGGGGCAUCCGUCACGGGAGGCUGCCUCGAGCCACCACUUCCUAGGCGUGGUGGACACGGAGCCAAGGGUAGUUGUUAUUACGCUUAUUUAUUUAUGACUAGAUCCUUUUAUGAGGCAUG